CAAAGGAUGAUGAAUAAAUGAAGUUUGAAACUUGCUUCGUGCUUCAUGUCCACUCAUGGCCGCAGCAGUUUUUACAGUUCACCGCUUCGUGGUUGCAACAGCAACGUUACAAAUGCAGUUACACCGGGAAUGAACGAUCCGAAUAAAAGCUGAAGGAGGAAGGUCUGCGUACCACAUCGUGAAAUGAUUCGCAUAGCAGCACUAAAUGCUGCUUCGACAGCUGCAGAUGAGUCUCAGGACCCCUUGCGGAGUAGUAAGAGUCAGACGAAAGAGGCUCAGGAAGCCGAGGCGUUUGCUUUGUAUCACAAAGCUUUAGAUCUGCAAAAGCAUGACAAGCUGGAGGAGUCUGCCAAAGCUUAUCAUGAGCUUCUCAAAACUCCACUGCUCAAAGAGGCAAUGCCCUCGGAUGAUCAGAGGGUGGGUCUCAAGCAUCCCGGACUGAUGCUGAAAUAUUCUACUUUUAAAAACUUGGCUAGUGUGGCUGCAACGCGGGAUGACCUGGAGACUGCUAUGGAGUUUUAUCUGGAGGCAGUUAUGUUGGAUUCCACUGAUGUGAACAUGUGGUACAAAAUCGGUCAGGUGGCUGUGCGACUUGUGCGCAUUCCUCUGGCUCGACAUGCCUUCGAGGAGGGAUUGCACUGUAACCCAGACCACUGGCCCUGCCUGGACAACCUCAUAACUAUUCUCUACACGCUCAGUGACUACACUUGCUGUUUAUACUUCAUCGCCAAAGCCUUAGAGAGGGAUCACUGUUACACUAAAGGCCUGGUGCUGAAGGAGAAAAUCUUUGAGGAGCAGCCUUGUCUGAAAAGAGACACAAUGCAGAUGUUCAUGAAAUGUGAUAUGUCUAUUCACUAUGUGGAAGUGGAGAAAGAGGAGCGUGAAUCCAUUGUGGAAGAAGCGCUGGAGAUGCGGAAACGCAGACAGGCUCUCUCUCUCUGUGAACCUAAACCUGACCUCGUCCUGAUUCAGCCCAUCCGCUGCCUGUCAUGGAAGCACGUGGGCGAAAGCCUUAUUGCAAUGUACAGACACCAGACCACAUGUGAGCCCCCACGCCCGAGCCUUGGCCGCAGAAUCGACUUGUCAGAGUACCGUGACCCAAACUUCCUGCAGAAUCUCCCUCAACCCAGCAGCCCAGUCAGUAUGGGCCAGACCACCGUGCUGAGCAGCAGCCCCAGCUCGUCCCUUCCGCCAGUUGCCCUCCCUGAGCCAGCAGUUCUUCCCCAACCGGGCACACAGCCUCAGACUACCCCCAGCCAGACCACCGUGGAGGUCACCACCUCUGCUCCCCCCCUCGCUACAGCAAUGGAAGUUUCACUGACAGAUAAAGUAAAGAAAGCUCCGAAAAGGAAACGUGCGGUGGAAGACAGUGGGGAAACAGCCAAGCGCCGCUCGGCACGUGUUCGAAACACAAAAUGCAAGAAGGAAGAGAAGAUUGAUUUUCAAGAACUUCUUUAUAAAUACCUUCCUUCCAGGCUGAAGAAGUUUGAUCCUGAUAAUGAUGACGAGAGUCUGAGUAAUCUUGAGACGCAGUGUGCCGGCAAGGAGGACAUGCAGCCUCUGCAUGGGAGCUGCGUGCCUGUCGACUCAGUUGAAUACAUGGAGUCUGGUACGUGGUGCAUUGUGGAUAUGUGUUUUACACUGUUGUGCCUUGUUGUCAUAUCUGUCAUAUUAAACUGUGCAUUCCCUUCUGCAGAGCAACAGGAUGUCCACAAUUUCCUGCUCAAUAAUAUGAGCAAUGGUGGUAUACUGGACCUGAUGAUGCGCUACCUGAAAGCAGUGGGUCAGAAGUUCCUGGAGGAGUGGCCUCGAGGGCUGGCGGCUGUGGUGCUGGAGGUCUAUCAGACCUGGAGGAAGCACAGCAGUGGUCUUCCUAACCCUCUGCUUCGGGACUGCAGCAACAAACACAUCCGGGAAAUGUUGGCAAUGAGCUUAGCAUGUAUGGAGCUGCAGUUGGAACAAUGGUCACACAACAAAGGGAAGACUGUGUCUCCAAGAAGAAGCAGCAUCGGCGCCUGCAGUGAUGCAGCUGACUCAGAAUUCCCCGGGCAGCACUUCCAGGGUGAUUUGUUACUCCUGGCUUUAGGUUCAUCCCAAAAGGAUCUGUUUGAGGAGGACUGGCUGGAUGUCAUGGUGCGUGUCUACUGGCUGAAGGCUCGAUUCCUGGCCCUGCAGGGAGACAUGGAGUUGGCCCUGGAGAGCUAUGAUGUCUGUAUAGGCCUUUUGCAGAGGAAACCAAAGACCCCUGAAGGGAAACAUUACACCAUCAACCUGCCUAACCUGCGUGUAGAUGCUGCGAUCUCUGUGGAGGAGAUUGACAAGAGGCUGAAGUCUCUGGAGCGUUGUCAGUCUCUGGAGGAGAUCCAGCGUCUGUUUGAGUCUGCAGACUUUGAGUCUGUUGUGCGCCUGCUGCAGCCCACUCUUAAUUAUGGCAGCAGGAGUAAACCUCUGGAGUUUGUGAGCUCAGCACCAGAGCGGCCUGCUCAGCUGAUGCUACUUCAGAACUCGCUGCUGAAGAUGCAGGACUACCAGCAGUGUUUGGAGUGCAGCGAGCUGGCUCUGAAUGAAGCCCUGCAGCAGCUCAACUCUGCUUCCAACAGCUCUCCCCCGAGUAAGGAGGAGUGGGUCAGCACCAUUGGAAAGCUGCUGGAUGGCAUCGAGGUCUGCUUCACCAAAGACUUGGUGCUUCUGAGCAGUGUCCCCCACUUCUCCAGUAUGGCUCGACUGGCAAACAACCUCAUUCAGCUGAUUGAUCUUAGCAUGACCAUUUCCGAUGAGCCCAAGGAGCCUUAUUUCUUCUCGGUUCUGCCUUGGAUUAUCCUCUAUCGCAUUAUCAAACACGAGGAGGCUGCUUUUGACUGCAUGCUUCGACAGCAUAUGUCUGUAGGGGAUGAUGAAGUCUCACUUUCAGAUGACUCAGACACUCCCAUGCUGCCCUCUUCCCUGAUGCUUCUGAACACAGCCCAUGAGUAUCUUGGCCGUCGCUCCUUGUGCUGCAGCUCUGACGGUGCACUCCUCAAGUUCUAUGUUCGAGUCUUGGAGAAAGAGCUCGCAGCCUCGUCCAAAAAUGACGCUCAUCCGUACAAAGAGGAGCUGGAGAUGUCCUUGGAACAAUGCUUUUUCUGCCUGUAUGCCUACCCCAGUAAGAAGAGCAAGGCUCGCUACCUUGAGGACCACUCGUCUCCACAGGUCGAGCUGCUGUGGGCCGAUGCCCUCUUCAUGUUCCAGUACUUCAAACCAAAGUCGCUGCCUGAGUUUGACAGCUACAAGACAAGCACGGUGUCUGCAGAAUUGGCCAAUCUGCUGAGGAGGUUUGCCGGCAUUGCCCCCUCAAGUGACACCCCAGUCCUGACCAUGGAUGAAGUGGCAGCCUACAUUGAGGGCAUGACAGAAAAGGCCCCAUGCCUUCCUGAGGGCAGUGCUCCUGCACCUCCGAUCACUGAUGAGAUCUACUACCUGCUGGCCGAUUACCAUUUCAAGAACAAGGAGCAGUCCAAAGCCAUCAAGUUCUACAUGCAUGACAUAUGUGUGUGUCCCAACAGGUUUGACUCCUGGGCAGGUAUGGCUUUAGCCAGGGCCAGCCGUAUCCAGGAAAAGCUCAACUCCAAUGAGCUGAAAAGCGACGUUCCUAUAUGGAAACACUCCCAGGCAGUGCUCAACUGCUUUAAGAGGGCCCUGGAGAUAGACGGCUCCAACCUGUCUCUGUGGAUCGAGUAUGGCACCAUCUCAUAUGCGCUGCAUUCGUUCGCUUCGCGGCAGCUGAAGCAGUGGCGCAGCGAGCUCCCCCCGGAGGUGGUUAAACAGAUGGAAGAACGGAGAGACUCCAUGCUGGAGACGGCCUUCCAGUGUUUCCAGGGUGCUUCCCGUUGUGAGUGUGACAGCGAUGAAGAGGAGUGGCUCAUUCACUACAUGCUGGGGAAGAUCGCAGAGAAACGCAAACAGAUUCCUGUGGAAUAUCUGCAGCUUUACAAAAAGGCAGCACACUAUCUGCACGAGGAAGCUGCCAGGUACCCCCGGAAAAUCCAUUACCAUAAUCCUCCUGACCUGGCCAUGGAGGCCCUGGAGCUGCAUUUCCGCCUCAGUGCCACCAUCCUAAAACUACUAGAGGCUAAUGAACCCGAUCUGGAACACGAGCUCUUGUUCAGUUUGCUGGUCGAGGCUGCUACUGGGCCAUUUGCCAGGGGGGAGGAGAAGAGUAUGCCAAGCAUGCCUAGGUCCCACGAAAAGGAGAAACCACCCUCCAUGAUGGAUGAAGACUUUAAUUGCUCAUCAGUUUGCAUAGGGAACGCCCUCAGCUCCUCCCUCCCAUCAGCUGCCACCCCAGGUCUCACAUCCCCUCCUUACGUGGCCACGCCGUUUGACCACGAUUACGCCAAACGCAAAACACUCCGACGGCAGCAGUGGCAGCAGCAGCGGCAUGAGGAGCAGCAGGCUGAUGCCUCACCAGAGUUUGACCAUGAUUACUGCCUGCCCAGGUCUCCAAUGUGGCUGGCUUCCCUGAAUGAGCGCAGUCAGGACAGUGAGGUGGUGAUGCUCUCUGACUCCAACUCCACCCAGGAUGCCUUCACAGAUCCCACCAGCUCACAGGACAGCAGCCACAAACCUGCUUCCGGGAAAGUCAGUUCAUCGUCCUCAGAAAGCACAACCCCUGUGAAGGACAGGCAGUCCACGUCGGAGGACACAGCAUCACAUGGAGAACAUUCUGGCAUCCAGACAGAAGAGAAAGUUAUCCAGGAAGUAGAAGAAUCUGUGGUGGUGGUGGCGCUCCCCGAGGCUUCAGCUCCCAAGGUCUCUGUGGACCCUUGUCCUCAUCCUCUGCCUGUCCCAGCCACCCCUCCAAAGCAAGCCCAUCCUCAGCAAGCCGCUCCUCAAACUCCGGCCAGCGAGGGAAAGAGGAAGCCGGAGCCCCCCGCCGAGGUGAUCGAGGUGCCCAAGGCGCUGCCUGCAGAACGUGGCGACCAGAGACGGAUGCUGGUGGAAAUGUGUGUCCGUGCUCUCUUCCUCUGCCUCGGCCGCUUCCCUCAGCACUACAAGAGUCUGUACCGCCUGGCCUUCUUCUACACCAACAGCAAGACCCAUCAGAACCUACAGUGGGCCCGAGAUGUGUUGCUAGGAAGCAGUGUCCCAUGGCAACAGCUGAAGCACAUGCCAGCACAAGGACUUUUCUGUGAAAGAAACAAGACAAACCUGUUCAAUGGCAUCUGGCGUAUUCCAGUAGAUGAGAUUGAUCGCCCUGGAAGUUUUGCAUCUCAUAUGAACCGAUCCAUUGUCCUCUUGCUGGAGGUGCUGUCUCAGCUUAAGGAUCACGACACUCUGCUGAAAGUCUCUUUCAUGCUGCAGAGAACCCCUGACCAGGGAAAGAAGUAUUUACGGGAUGUUGAUCGCCAGGUUUUGGCCAAGAGAGCAUUUUUCCUAACUGUAAAAGUUCUGGAGGACAAUCUGAACAGUCUCACAGGGGUGUCUGAGCAGCUUCACAAAGCGCCGGCGCCCUCCAUGGGGGAGAUGACCACGACGGACGCAUCCAACAGGCCCAGUUCAGAGGACGGAAAACAUGUUCUGCCUAAGAAGCCUGGGCUCACGGAGGGGGCCUGUGCCACUGAUACAGGGCCCAAGGAAGCCUCCCAGGCACAACUGACCCCACCACCACCAUCUGUAGAUAAAGAGAUUAAGGUUCAGGAGAGCUUCCCUGGGAAGGUGGAGACUGCUGGGAGUGAGGGGCACAAAGCAGGGCCAGAUGAACCCAUGGAGCUUGACAGUGGCAGCUGGAGGAGGCCCCCGACUGCCACCGAUUCUCAGGGCAACCAAACAGAGGCUGAGACCUCCCUGAGUGCUGUGGAGCCCCAGCUGAAAGUGACUGAGAGCAGCCGGACACCAGAGCUGUCUCUAGAGGAGCUAAGUAUCAGCUCCAGGCAGCAGCAGCUCCAAGUCGCAGCACCCAAGGUCACUGUGGCAGCCAGUGGGACUGAUCAGGGGUCAGUGCGGCGGCCAAAUAGGAAACGGAAGCUUCUUGAGGACGUGGAGUCUGGAAAAACGUUGCUGCUCGAUGCCUACAGGGUGUGGCAGCAAGGCCAGAAGGUCAUGACCUAUGAUCUUGGACGCAUUGAGAAGAUCAUGUCAGAGACUUAUAUGCUCAUAAAACAGGUUGACGAGGAUGUAGCUCUGGACCAAGCUGUGAAGUUCUGCCAGAUACAGUUGGCCACUUCUGCCCAAAGACAGUCUGCAGGCGAUGCCCCGACCACACCCAAGUACACCAAGGAGCACCGAGACAUCUUCUUCCCCGCCUCCCUGCCGACGCCGGUCCUGCUCAGCCACGCCGCCUGCCACCCGCUGUCUGCCCAGGACGGCCAAGCCAAAGUGGUGUACGAGCCCCUGAGCAAGCCGUCCAGACCUCAAGCCUCGGGCUUCCACGAUCAGCCUCUUCACAGGAGAGCAGCGAGCCACCCUGCUGCAGCCAUGGCCUUCUUACCACACACAGAGGAGCGGGAGGAGCCUUCAGAGGGACUUUCAUACCGACAGCAGGAGUCACACCUUUGUCAGCAGAUGAAACUGGCCUCUGUAUCCCAGGCCGAGUCAGCAGCAGGCUGGUUCCAGGAAGAAACUGCCACAUGUAGCACCGCACAGCCUUGCCCAGACCAGCAGCAGUAUGCCAGCAGCGAGCAGUCGAAGCUUCCAGACCCCAACCGAAUCCGCUCCCGUGUCCCGCCCAACAUGCCAAAGCUUUUCAUCCCCUCCACCGUCACCAAGUUCCCGCCAGAGAUCACAGUAACGCCUCCGACACCCACGCUCCUCUCCCCAAAAGGCAGCAUCUCAGAGGAAACCAAACAAAGACUCAAGAACGUCAUCCUGUCCUCUCAGUCUGCAGCCACAGUCAAGAAGGACACUCUGAGCCAGCCGGCGCUGGAGGUGCAGGAGACGUCCAGCCAGGAGUCAUCUCUGGAGAGCGAGUCGGACGAGGAGGAGGACGAUUACAUGGACAUCUGAGCCUCUGCAGCCCCCCCACCCCACGUGUGCCGGCUCUCCGGCCGCAGCUUGGCCUCACUCUGCCGAACCCGUGCCCCCGUCUCCAAAAAGGAACGGUACAUGUCGCUGCAGCUGUCUUUGUUCAUGCUAUCGUUCCGUCACGUGCAUUAGAAAAACAAGCACUCCAAACUGAAGAAUGCAGUAUUCUCAUCGCCUGUCACGCCGCUGCGUCGCUCCGCUCGUCAGCAGCGACUGGCGGCUCGAGGCUCGCAGCAUGUCUGCAAUGUGCCAUUUAUGCAUCUCUCUCAUCAACUUAUCCAGCGUUCCUGCAACCAGCUGCACUCUGGAUGUGGCCUGAAAGACUUUCAGCCUUCAAAGCCAACCAGUCCCGUGUUUAUGCAUCUUUUUCACGCUAACCGCACCUCCACGCUGCAGCUAAACCCUCUGAGAACUGACCGAUCUGAGGUGCCUCAGUCCGGACUGACGCUCAGCAGCAUGUACCUGCUGUCCUCGACUCUGAUCAUUUACUCCGGCAUGAGAAUUUCAUCCGCAGGACACAUCGGCUCAUGAUGAACGUCAGCGUACACAAGGUGAAAUGAGGACAAUCGGCUGCACGCGAGGUUCAUCGCAGCCUCACAACCUGUAGCAGAUUGGAAAUGUUUACACUUAACGUUUGGGAUGUUUUUCAGUUGGCACCGAACUUUGUGCUAUUUUUGUACUCACUGUAUUUCUUGUAAUAUUUUGUCCUAUAUAUUUUUCUUUCCUUGGUGUGCAUUUGUAGCUCAGAGGAACAGUUGUUUACCAGGAAGACGUCCUGUCACCAGCACUGAUCUGAAUGAUGUGGGGGGUUCAGUUAUUACAAAUUAGCUUUUGUACAUAUCAUGACGUCACAAUCCAAGUAUCUUUCCAAUAUGUUCGGCUUUAAUGGGUUGAGCAUCGAGCUGGAGAAGCUGUGAGAGCGUGAACGCGGCGGCGAGGCGGCGGCUCAGGAAACGACUCGCCGGUCUUUCCUGACCGCGGUGGAACUGAAGACCCUCCAGCACUGACGCCUUCCCACUGAAACCAUUUUGCUAAAUUUGUCACAAUUCUAUCUGAACUCAGAGGAAGACAACAGAAUGUUUUUUACAGAUUGUUUUCUAUUCAGAGAGAUAUUUACUGAUUGUGUUUGUUGAACGUCGUCUAAGACUCGUUUUUAAAAAGGACACAAAUGAAUAAUGUUAACGAUCACCCUGAUAUUUAAAAACUGUUUUGUAUUUGAUUUCAUUCUUUUUGGUUUGUUUUUUUGGUGUAAAAUAGUUUUCUAUUGUUCUGCGAAGCUUCUGGGAAUGUGCCACAGCUGGAGAGGUGACAACCCCCCCCCCCCCGGCUCAGCCUACAGGAGGGGAACUGUUCUCUGUGUCUGGACUGAAUGCAUUAUAGAUGUCAAACCAAAAAUAUAUUUGAGAAACACA